AUGGACAAAACUGAACGGGAGAGGAUCCAAAAAGGGCUCGUGAGCUUUGUGAAAGGGAUUGUGGGCCGGAAAGUUUGUAUCGAGCUCCGAAAUAAUAAUUAUGUGUACGGUGAGUUCUUUUUGGAUAUUAAACAUAAUUUUUGAGGAUUCAAUUUAUUUCUUAUCAACUUCAUUGAAAUUUGAUUUUUCAGAAGUCAUUACCGAUUCUUUUCAGGCACACUCGAAGACUGCGACUCUUAUUUGAAUAUGAGAAUCCGUGAUGCGGACGUCAUCAGGGCGACGGAUUCAGAAUCUGCCGCCGAGUUUUUCGUGGCUGGCCGACAUGUUCGGUUCAUUUUAAGUUGAAAUUCAAAAAAAAAACUAAUCAAAGAUUCAGUUUCUUUCACCUCAACGAAAAAAUUCGAACGACCCAUAAAUUGACAUUUUCCAAAAUUCUCAUCAAACCUUUUCACUUCGAAUAUUCCCAGUCCAGACUCAACUUUUUUAUACCUUAAUUUUGCAGUUUUGUGCACCUUGAACACUACGCCGACGUGAAAUCGGCCAUCAACCGGACAAUAAAUGGAUUCCUGCGCGACGCCAAGAAAAUCGAUCGGAAUCAGUCCAACGCGAAUCGACAAUCUCAUCAGUAA